UACGCGUAUCCUGCCAGCUGACCGCCCUUGCCUUUAAACCAAUCCCAAAUCUCUCCAUCUCUUGCUCUCUCUUCCACACGAAUCUUGGCUACUUCCUUAAUUUCAUCUUCUUCUUUGGACCUCCCAAUGGGCAACUACAUCUCCUGCGCCAUCUCCGCCGUUCCCGGCGGCAGAUCAAGAGCCAUCAAGGUUAUCCUGCCAAGCGGCGACGUCCGGCGUAUCGUGGACGGGACGGCAAACGUGGCCGAGCUCAUGCUCGACACCCCCGGCCACUUCCUCGUGAACUCGCGCUCCAUGCAGCUCGGUCGGCGCUUCGCAGCGCUCUCCGCCGACGAGGACCUGGAGAUGGGUGAAGUUUUCGUCAUGAUGCCUAUGAAGAGACUCAACUCUAUCGUAAUGGCGGCUGAUAUGGCCAGAUUGUUUCUGGCUGCUAAUAAAGAAGUCCGGAAGUCGAGAGUCCUGCCGGAGUCUUCCUCCUCCUCCUCCUCGCAAGGGUCGCCGGCGAAUCCAGUGGUAGGGCCGGAGUUGGAUGAUGCGGGCAACGACGUUAAUCCGAUGGCGAUGGGGACAGGGGAGUUUAAGUACAGGUUGAGCAUGCGCCGGUCGAGGAAACCGACGUUGGAGACGAUCGCAGAGGAGGCCAUCGGCUCAAGAUGAGAAUUAUAUGGUGCCUCUUUAUCAUGAGUUUUUAGUGAUCAAGGGGAAGAAGAUUUCAGACGUAGCCUCUCUCUUUUUUUUUUUUUUUAAGAUUAUUUAGUUGGUCAGUGAUGGGGUGAUUCUGUGACAUGGUCUUAUUCCUUUUUUUUUUUUUUUUGGGUAAGUGACAUAGUCAUAUUCCUUAAAAUCACCAUAUAUAUACAUCCAAUGAAUAUUCUAAAAAGAUUUGGUAUUUUUUCUAAUGGACUUGGAACUUUGCGAUUUGAGAAUGACGUUGUUAGCAUCUUAGAAUGGUCAGAAAAUUAAAUAAAUGUGGUAUAUUACCAAUUUGCUGGACAUUUUCCUCAACGGCGUAAAUUAAUUAAGGGUGAAAUGACCUCCUAAAAUAUCUCGCAGGCUUAUUCUGUGCGCUGCCCCUUGCGCGUAUUGAAAGUUUCAGCUUUUUUCCCGAACAAGAGUUCGUAUAUUUGAAAAGGAAAAAAGAUACAUAUAUUUUGAGUAUUUUAAGAUUAUUGGUGUAGAUUUU